ACCUUCUCGAUGCUUCCUGUGUCUUCUCACUACAUUUCCAACCAUCUCACUCAACAGCGGCAUUUUGUGUAAUUUCUUUCAGCAUUGCCAUACUUAAUCUUGAUAUCGCACUACUGCUAUGUCAUCUGCGAACGAUUCAAACACCACCAAGAUGAAGGGCGAAGUGGAAGCGAUCGGGGCGCAUUGCCAGAUGGAGUAUUGUAAUGUCCUCGACUUCCUGCCGUUUCCAUGUGAGAGCUGCAAAGGGACAUUCUGUCUCGACCACCGCACUGAGACCGCACAUAAAUGCCCAAAGCAGGGCCAGUGGGCACGGAGCAAAGUUGAGAACAGCUCGGAAGAGCUGGCACCAAAGCCCACACUACUCAACCACGAACAACAGUGUGCCAGUAUCUCGUGCAAAACGCUCAUCGAUACCGCUCGCACCCAAGGCGUACAAUGCACUCGCUGCAAUCGCCGCUACUGUCUCAAGCACCGUUUCGAAGAAGACCACGACUGCAAGAACCUGACACCGCUCGGCGCACGCCCACAAAACUCCGUCCAAGUACGCACGCAAACCGCGCUCUCGAAGCUCAAAGCUUGGGCCGAGAACAAGAAGAAGGAGGACGAGAAGCGGAGAGCCGCGCCCAAGAAAUCGGGAUUCCUGGGUCUAGGCAAAGCAUCGGCGGCAUCAUCAGCCCAAGCCGAACUCAACGCGCUGAAGCGCACGGCAAAAGGCGAGGCUAGUGUUCCCCAGGAGAAACGGAUAUAUCUGCAUGUUGAAGCCUCGGCCGACACAACGAAAGCGAAGUAUCCGACGGGCAAAUUCUUCUACAACAAGGAAUGGACAGUUGGUCGCGUGCUCGACAUGGCAGCCAAAGCGCUACAAGUCCAGAACGUGAACAACCGGGGUGGCGGCGAAGAAGAAAAGCUGCGCGUCUUUCAUGUUGAGGGCGGGAGGUUACUCAAGUUCAACGAGAAGCUUGGGGAAGCGUGCCAGAGCGGGAACAUGAUUGUUCUGCUGCGUGGUGUAGGGUCGGGCGAGGCGCCAGACUUGAUUGAUUUAUAACGAGUUAUUGGAAAGAGGGGGAACUUGUUGUAAUGUAAUAUGGCGUUUGGCAAUUGGGAUUUCGCGCUGGAGAUACCCGGGGUUACUUCUCUCACAAUGUUAUGGCCGAGUAGAGCGAAUUGUACAAGUUAGACAUGAAUUGAGUAAACAGAAAGGGAUGGAGGAGAUAGUUGGUUGACUGCUUUGAUCCUGACAUCAUUCUCUUUGUUUGGAAUCCGCCAUUAUCAAAUCACGUGCACCAAGGGCAACAUCUGGG